CUCAUACAUUUCCUCUGUUCCUCGGCCUCCUCCUUCACCUAGAAGUGCUUUUUGAAUCCAGACCUUUCAAGUACUCGAAGUUCCUAACCACCGAAAACCUCCACCAUGUAUGGCCACACUCGGGAAUAUCCUAGAGGGGUGGCAGCAGCUCAACCAAGGGCGUUUAGACUCACCAAGAGUCCUAAUGAGCAGUUUAUCGUUACGAAUUUUGUUGCCGUUUCUCCACGAGAUUUUCCUCGCGAGCAAUAUGUCAUCUGUGAUGGCCGAUAUAUCCUUACAGUUCAGCCCAUCAACACCAUAGAGCCUGGAUAUGCCGGAUUCUCUUCUGCUCACAGAGACUGGGCCCAGUGGAGUUUGACCGACCGUAUCAAUAUUGUCCCUUUCGACCCGUUCGCUCAAGGCAAAGCUCCUUACUUAGGGAGCUUGGACCUGGAAAUUGGAUUCGCUGCUAAGAAAAUAAGUGAUGAAAGUUAUGACCAGGACGACCUCACCAAGCUUUUUAUUAGGAGUUUUCAAAACCAAAUCUUUGCUCCGGGGCAACGAACGAUAAUGGAUGUUAGGAACAUCAAAGUUCUAAUCGUCGUCAAAACUGUACAGAUAGUCAGGCUUUCUGACAAUCAAUCUGCUUUGCCCCCUGAUGCACCAACAACCUCCAAUCCUUCAGACCACGGAAUCUUGACUCCUCACACCUACAUCACAUUUUACAAAGAUGCGAAAUCCCCAAUCAAGAUCAAAGGCUCCAAUAAGCGACCAGCAGCCAAUGCUAUCAUACAACCCAACUUUAAAUUCGAAGAUAUGGGCAUUGGAGGUCUUGACACAGAAUUCUCUCAAAUCUUUCGUAGAGCUUUUGCAUCUCGAAUAUUUCCACCUGGGCUCGUGGAAAAACUUGGAAUCCAACACGUGAAGGGUAUUUUACUCUUUGGGCCCCCUGGUACGGGUAAAACCUUGAUCGCUAGACAGAUCGGUAAGAUGUUGAACGCGAGGGAACCUAAGAUUGUUAACGGUCCCGAAAUCUUAAAUAAGUAUGUUGGGCAAUCAGAGGAAAACAUCAGAAAGUUGUUUGCGGAUGCGGAAAAGGAGUACAAGGAAAAGGCCGAAGAUAGCGGUUUACAUAUCAUCAUAUUUGACGAGCUGGAUGCUAUCUGCAAACAAAGAGGAAGUAAGAACGACGGAACUGGGGUUGGCGACUCUGUUGUGAAUCAGCUACUCUCGAAGCUCGAUGGUGUUGAUCAAUUGAACAAUGUCCUGAUUAUUGGUAUGACAAAUCGUAUGGACAUGAUCGAUGAAGCCCUUCUGCGUCCAGGCCGUCUCGAAGUACACAUGGAAAUUUCCCUCCCUGACGAGUUUGGCCGCCACCAAAUAUUGAAGAUUCACACAAACAAGAUGAGGGAAAACAAUGUUAUUGAUUCUGAUGUUGAUAUUCAGGAGCUCGCCGCAAAGACAAAGAACUUUUCAGGAGCCGAGAUCGGUGGAUUGGUUAAGAGCGCUAGUAGUUUUGCAUUUAACCGUCAUGUGAAGGUUGGAACUGUUGCCGGAAUAUCGGAAGACAUCGAGAACAUGAAGGUUAAUCGCCAAGACUUCCUUAAUGCGCUCGACGAAGUUCGUCCAGCCUUUGGAGUUUCUGAAGAAGAACUUGAACAAGCAGUCCAGGGUGGUAUUAUCUGCUAUUCACAAAAUAUCAACUCCAUUCUUGCAGAAGGUCGCUUGUUUGUUGAACAGGUCAGAAAGUCGGAGAGGACGCCACUCGUGUCGGUCCUGAUGCACGGGCCUCCUGGGUCUGGGAAGACAGCACUAGCCGCCUCAAUAGCGAAAGCUAGCGAGUUCCCAUUCAUCAAACUUGUAUCCCCAGAAUCCAUGGUUGGAUUCAACGAAAUGAGCAAAGUUAGCUACUUGAGCAAAGUCUUCAUGGAUGCCUACAAGUCCCCACUCAAUAUUGUCAUUGUCGAUAAUGUUGAGCGAAUUCUUGAAUUUGUUCCUAUUGGGCCGCGCUUUUCCAACCCUGUUCUCCAGACUCUACUUGUGUUGCUCCGCAAACAGCCACCGCAGGGCCGACGGCUUCUGAUUAUUGCAACAACCACUGAGAGAUCUGUGCUGGCUCAGAUGGACUUUCUCAACGCCUUUGAUGCUGAUAUUGCAGUACCGAACGUCGCAAACCACAACGAGCUCGGCCAUAUUCUGCACGAGCUACAGGCAUUCAACUCGGAUGGCGAAAGGCAACAAGUCUUGCGUGAUCUCCAGAGUACUACCCGAACCAAGCAGCUCAACGUUGGCAUCAAGAAAAUUUUAAUGGGUGUCGAAACGGCGACCCAAGAUGAGGAUAUGGCGGGAAGGUUUGUGAGCGUGAUUAGUAGAGCUGUUGGAGAAAAUGGGGCAGGUUUGCAGGGCGGCGAGUCCGGAUUGUAUUGAUGGAUAUUAGAUAAACCCGGGUAUCACGCUGGUUGCGGGGGGGGGGCGAGCGGGAGCUGGGUAGGCGCGAUAUAAACUUCCCGGGUUCCGUAGAAUAUUGAUAAAACAAGUUACCGGGGAUUGAAAGAGAUGUAUUGGUGGCCAGUGUAUUUGUUCCCUCCUCCGUGGGCCCACGUAACCAGUUCAGGAGGAACAUGGCAGGACUAGUGCGGGGACCAGUCGGCUUUCGGGUCUUACGUUCCUCUAGCUACAUGGAUCUUUCUAUGCCCAUCUCGGCCUUAAGGUAGAAGAGAACUCGUGUGAAUAUCAGUAGAAUCACUGGACUGGAGCCUGGUGGUGAUCAACCGACGUCGCCGUGAAUCGAUGUGUGAAAGGUCAGAAGAAAAUAUAGGGGAGGGGGUGGUGGGGUUGACUUGCUCGAACCCUUGGGCGGUAUAAACAGGUCCCUAAUAUACGUAAAACCUUUGAUAGGUUUUUCAUAAUAUUAUCAUACAACGGCAUACAUCUCUUUGACCCACCUUGUGGAAGGAUAUCAUAGAUGGUGAUAUCUAGCGGACACCGGGUCUAGCGUGUCGGGUGAUCAACCAUGUUUGUGAUACAACAAGCUGGUAUGAUAUCAUAGCAAACACAGCGAGAUCGGGGGGGUUCACCCCCGGUAGUCUAACCGCCUUACGAAGGCCCUUUUAGGGCCAGUUUGGUUGUGAUGGUUCCGUUCCGUUUUGCGACCGUUUCCCAUAAUUAUAAGAAUUGUCAUCCUUCGGUUUUGAAA